UCUCUCUCCUCUCUCUUCUCUGUCUCUCUCAUACCCACGCAAACCCUAGACUCUUCUGUCUCUCUCCUCUCUCCUCUUUCUCUUUCUCUCUCUCUCUCUCUCUCUCUCUCUCUCUCUCUCUUUCUCUCUCUCUUCAAGGUUUUGUUAGAGUACUUGUGCAAAUGGGUUGAUUGAAGCCAGUGAGAAAAAGCUCAUUGUUUCCACUGAUUUAGGUCAAGUUUGGAGGUUCUUCCAACUCUCCAUUCAUGGAUGACAGUUUCCGGAAUUGGUCCUACUAUGAGCAACCAAUGAAGGGAAACCUAGGGCUGCAGCUUAUGCCCUCAGUUGUGGAGAGAGACACCAAACCUCUCCUUCCCAAUGGAUCUUUUAUGCAGCAUCCUGACUCUUCUGUUCCAAUGGAGUUCAUUAGGGAUCAUUGGAUGCACCACAAUAGAGAUACCAAAAUGCACCAUGGUCUCCCCAUGAACCAUAACUACCAUGUCCUUACUGAUCCACCGGUCACCAAUACUCUCCAAAUGCUUCAGCCUACUGAUGCUCUUAAGGAUGAUAAACUUCCAACGGUAGAAGAUUCUGUUGCUAGGAAUGAUGCACCAUUGAAGAAAAGGUCACAGGGCCGCGCUAGCAAGGCGCCAAAGGUGAAGAAGCCAAAGAAGGCAAACGAUUUGAGAGAUGCAGAGAUGACUGGUUCGGCGCCACGUGGGAGGACUGUGAAGAAUACUAAUACUAGUUUGGUCAUCAAUGGGAUCAAUUUAGACAUAUCGGGGAUUCCUACGCCUGUCUGUUCUUGCACUGGUACCCCUCAACAAUGCUACCGUUGGGGUGUUGGUGGUUGGCAGUCUGCUUGCUGUACCACUAGCAUUUCCAUGUACCCUCUUCCGAUGAGUACCAAGAGGAGGGGUGCUCGCAUUGCAGGGAGGAAGAUGAGCCAAGGAGCUUUUAAGAAGGUGCUGGAGAGGCUGGCAAGUGAGGGGCAAAACCUUUCUAACCCAAUUGACUUGAAGACUUUCUGGGCUAAGCAUGGUACCAACAAGUUUGUUACCAUUAGGUAAGAAAUGUAGCAUGUCUAUCAACUUUGCUAGGCUUGACCUCUGCGUUUAGUCAGCGUUUUGCGCGAAUCGUUGGCUGGUGUUGAGGUUCCCUAAUUAGUUUGUAGUCUUUUCUCAUCCAAAUUUACAUGCAUUUUGCGGUUCAGACAUUUGGAUUAUCUGAAAUGUUAUUUUUUUUUA